AUGGAAUUAUUUCCGAAUCGAUCAACGGUUCGCCUCAAAAGCUAUCGAGACAAGUAUCUAUUUGCGGAAACCGAUGAAGAAUCGGUUACGCAAUCUAGAGAUGGUUCAACAAGAAAUUCUUAUUGGACCGUCGAAAUUGUUGAUGAAGAUUGUAUAUCGUUGAGAAGUUGUUAUGGAAAAUACCUAACCGCGUCUAACAAACCUUCGAUACCUGGAAUGAGAGCUCGGUAUUUAAAAGUAACUCAAACCCGUCUUGGGAAUCCGAAUCCCAACUACUCGACGAUGACCGUUGAUGAUUCUUCGGUCACGGGAAAAUGGAAUUCCGCUCUCCAAUGGUUACCGUUGGUGACCGAGGUUUCUUCGGAGGUUCGAUUGAAGACACAUUAUGGCAACUACUUGCAAUCGAACAAGGGUCCGCCCCCGUUAGGGAACAUGGUUACACAUGAUCUUCCUCGGAAAGAAGGACCGAUGAACAAAAGGAUUUCGUGGAAAGUUGAAUUGGUUGAACCGCCUUCGGUUGCGUUGACCCAGUCCGACUCAUUUAAAUCACGAAUGACGCUUUACGCGAAGACAUUUGUGUCCGAAAUGCAUAAGGGGAAGGAGAAGAUCAAGGGGUCUGCCAAAGGUAUGAUCAAGAAGCCAUAA